AUGAUAAGCCUUGACAGAAAUGGUUUUGUAGUAGUCAAUUCUUCAAAGGAAACCUUUUGGACUAGGAUAUUUUCACAGCAUUUUCUAGAAGGUGGAGGAGAUGGUAAUGACGCAAGAGAUGACAUGAUGUUUUAUGUGAAGAAAAAUUUAGGAGGAAAAAGUAGACUAACAGCUCAGGCUGAUAUAGAUGUAUAUAGAAAAGAUUCAAAAAAGCUUCCCACUUUAGGAGACCCUGCCAUCGACUGGGAGGAAACUGUGUACUUAAAUGUAAUUUUACAUCAAAUAGAAUAUCAACUUACCUGUGCAGUAUGUAGCAGAACAGGGGAUAAAGAAUUACAAAUACUCAAAAAAAUUAGCCAAAAAGUAUAUGCAUCUCCUAGUCGUAGGCAAAUGGAAAGUAAAGGCACAGAAGAAAUAAUGACAUACCCAGAUAUAUUUUUCAUGAUAGAUGAUUUUGAAGAGAUAUUUAGUGACAUUAUAAUCCGUGACAGUGAGAUGGUAUGUGUAGAACUGGUGGCCAGUGAUCGUAUGGGAGAGCACCAUGGAGUGAUAUUCCUGGGCUCAGUGAGAUAUGAUGCUCUCAGGAGGGUUUAUGAUACUAGGGCUAGUCUAUCGCACAGAAUGGCCAGUUCUAUGUCCCUAGGUUUAUUUAGUGGUAAUCGUAGGGUAGAAUUCUUAAAAAUGCGUGGUCCAGGGAGUAAAGGUUUUGCCGAGAUGGCAGUGAGCAGGGUGCAAGGGACAGGAGUAGACACACCUGCUUCAACACCAGACUCUGAGAAUUUCCCAGAAAAUGGCUUUGAAGAGGCUCCGAACCCACCACAGAGGCGAAUGAGUGAUCCUAGUCAAGCCAUUCAGUGGGUGAAGAGUAGCUUCAGGAGAGGCAUGAAAAAGUCCCAGUCGGCACAGGAGAACGUGGACGAUGUCAGCUCAAAUAACUGCCAAGAAGUUGAAGCUUCCAACUUACUAGAUGAACUUACUAAACCAGAUAACUACGGCUUCAUAGGGAAAUCAUUUGGGCAGGCGUGGCACUGGUUUAAAGAAAGACGGCGUGCAACUUCGCCGGCACUGAAUGCCUACCUCACUUAUGUCACAUUACCAUGGCACUUAAUUAUAGCUGAUGUCCUUGAACCUAGGCAACAACCUGUGUUGACAUUUUAAAUGGUGCUGUCAAAUAAUUGGUGCUUAUUCACGUGUGCAACUCGGGGCUAGAUAUGAUAUGCAUGUGUAGCAGAGAAGCUCUUCGUCAAAGGAAUGCUGGUUAGAAAACCUGGCUGACCAGCGAGCACAAAAAGAAACUCGGAAAACUUGGGACCUGGUUGUGUAUCUAUUGAGUGAACUUGGUAUGUUAUUAUUUGGAUGUGGUAAUAGGAAAAAAAUGGAAGCAUAUUAUUCAAGGUUAGUUUAAAUGAAAGGGACAGUUACUGGGCAUGAAAUAUUUGACUGCAGGAUAGAUUCAGUUGCUGGGGAGGUAACAGUAAAAAAAUUGUUAGAAAAAACUCUAGAAGGAAACCUAUUUAAAAUUUA